GGGUGGCACUGCGCAUGCGUGAGGCGGCGCCGGGCGGCACUGCGCAUGCGUGAGGCGGGCGGCCAUGGCGGAGGGCGGCAGCGGUGAGGGGGAGCUGGAGCCGCUGCGCUUCCCGCGGCUGUGGGCGGACGGCUUCUUCGAGGUGCCGGCGGACGAGAGGCUGGGGAGGUGCCGGAGCGUGAAGGAGUUCGAGAAGCUGAAUCGCAUCGGGGAGGGCACCUACGGCAUAGUGUACCGUGCCCGGGACACCGUAACGGAUGAGACCGUGGCACUGAAGAAGGUGCGGAUGGACAAUGAGAAAGAAGGAAUGCCCGUCAGCAGCCUGCGGGAGAUCACCCUGCUCCUGGAGCUCCACCACCCCAACAUUGUGGAGCUGAAGGAGGUGGUUGUGGGGAACCACCUGGAGAGUAUUUUCCUGGUAAUGGGCUACUGCGAGCAGGACCUCGCCAGCCUUCUGGAGAACAUGCAGACACCUUUUUCUGAGGCUCAGGUGAAGUGCAUCAUCUUGCAAGUGCUCAGGGGCCUGCAGUACCUUCACGAGAAGUACAUCAUCCACAGGGAUCUGAAGGUGUCCAACCUGCUCAUGACUGACAAAGGCUGCGUGAAGAUCGCGGAUUUCGGUCUGGCACGUACGUACGGGAUGCCGCCGAAGCCCAUGACCCCCAAAGUCGUCACGCUGUGGUACCGAGCGCCUGAGCUGCUGCUGGGGAUGACGACGCAGACCACCAGCAUUGACAUGUGGGCCGUGGGCUGCAUCCUCGCCGAGCUGCUGGCUCACAAGCCGCUGCUGCCGGGCACCUCUGAGAUCCACCAGAUCGAUCUCAUCGUGCAGCUCCUGGGGACGCCCAACGAAAACAUCUGGCCGGGUUUCUCCAAGCUGCCCCUGGUGAGUCAGUACACCCUGCGGAAGCAGCCUUACAACAACCUCAAGCACAAGUUCCCCUGGCUCUCGGAGGCCGGGCUGCGUCUGCUCAACUUCCUCUUCAUGUACGAUCCCAAGAAGCGGGCAACGGCGAAAGACUGCCUGGAGAGCUCCUACUUCAAGGAGAAGCCCCUCCCCUGCGAGCCAGAGCUCAUGCCCACCUUCCCGCACCACCGCAACAAGCGGGCAGCCUCCACCAGCACGGGGACUGAGACGCAGGCGAAGCGGGGCAAGCCCUGAGCCCCGUCCCGCAGCGGGAGGUAACGGGAGCUCGCAGGGGGGCGGCCGCUGCCCCUCGUGGGGCUGGGCGCUGGCUCCUGCCCGCUGGUGCUG